AUUAGGAGAAUUGUGUUAUACAAUAAUAACUAUAUAAUUUCCAUCCCUUUAACAACGAGGCAUAUAAGGGAGCGGAAACUUUUGUACUUAGAGUGCAAAGUUAUCUCUAUAUUCCCCUACUGCGCCCAAUAUAAUUAUCUGAUCAAUUUGACACCACAAACUUAUAACUUAUAAUGACUCAUAACAGCUCAUCACUUUGAAUCGGUACAUUUCCUUUAUGAUAACACACUUAUCGCAUACUAAUACUAACUCAACCAGUAUGCACAUAAAAUUAUCAUUUGCACCUACCCCCAGUGAUUGUAGGAAUACGUAGGUGCUUCAAACUGAAUAUACGGAACUGUUCCGGUUUUCACUUUCCAUGUUAAAACUGACUUUACUUAGAGAAAAAUGGACUUGCAGAUGGUGUCGUAUUUUCAAAACAAUUUUCUCUGGAGGGUAAAACAGCGAUCUUACUAAAAUAAAUUCGCCAAUCUGUCUUAAAGGGUAAAACCAGAACGACCUGAUAAUGUGCACCCAAAUAUGAAAAAAGAAAUACAAACACAAACAUCGAUGGUUGUUUGUUUGCUCAUAUUGCUAUAUAAGACUUGCCGUUCGCGGUUGUACUCAGUUCUCGUUCUCCACUCCAGAGCUUAACAAUACAUCAGCAUUUCCAGCAUGGAUUUCUACUAUAUGCCAGGUAGCGCUGGGAUGCCGUAGGUCAUCAUGGUGGCCAAGGCCUUGGGUCUGGAACUCAACAAGAAGCUGGUGAACACCAUGGAGGGCGAUCAGAUGAAGCCGGAGUUCUUGAAGCUCAAUCCCCAGCACACUAUCCCCACUCUGGUGGACAGGUUCUCCAUUUGGGAGUCCCGCGCCAUCGCCGUGUAUCUGGUGGAGAAGUACGGCAAGGACGACUCCCUCUUCCCGAGACCCAAGAAGCAGGCCGUGGUCAACCAGCGCCUGUACUUCGACAUGGGAACUCUGACCGACGCCUUCUCCAAGUACUACUAUCCCCUCUUCCGCACUGGAAAGUUGGGAUCUGAGGAGGACUUGAAGAGGAUCGAAACCGCCUUCGGAUUCCUCGAUACCUUCCUGGAGGGCCAUGAGUACGUCGCUGGCGACUCGCUCACCGUGGCCGACAUUGCUAUUCUGGCCAACGUCUCCACCUUUGACGUUAUCGAGUUCGACUUCAGCAAGUACUCCAAUGUGGUCAGGUGGUACGCCAAUGCCAAGAAGGUUACUCCCGGAUGGGACGAGAACUGGGAGGGUCUGCAGCAGAUGAAGGCCUUCUUUGACACUACGAAAGCAUUCUUCAACAUGGACUUCUACUACAUGCCAGGCAGCAGUGGAUGCCGUACGGUGAUCAUGGUGGCGAAGGCUCUUGAACUCGAGCUGAACAAGAAGCUCCUGAACACCAUGGAAGGUGAACAGUUGAAGCCGGAGUGUAAGCUUAAUCCCCAGCACACGAUCCCCACCCUGGUGGACAACGGGUUCUCCAUUUGGGAGUCUCGUGCCAUCGCCGUCUAUUUGGUGGAGAAGUACGGCAAGGACGACUCCCUUCCGAAGGAUCCCAAGACACGGGCUGUGGUCAACCAGCGCCUGUACUUCGACAUGGGAACUCUGUACGAUAGCUUCGCCAAGUACUACCCCCUAUUCCGCACUGGAAAACCCGGAACUGAGGAAGAUAUGAAGAAAAUCGAAACCUCCUUCGGGUUCCUCGACACUUUCCUGGAGGGCCAGGACUACGUGGCUGGCGACCAACUCACCGUGGCCGACAUCGCCAUCCUGGCCACAGUCUCCACCUUCGACAUAGUUAAGUUCGACUUCAGCAAGUACGCCAAUGUCACCAGGUGGUAUGCCAAUGCCAAGGAGGUGACUCCCGGGUGGGACGUGAACUGGGAGGGUCUGCUGGCGAUGAAGGCAUUCCUUGAGGACCGUGAGGCGGCUGGAAAGUAAAUGACUCUCAAAAAUAUAUUGUAUUUAUGUUACUUUUAAAUGAAAUAAAGGAAUAUUAAGUCAUUGUUAAAUA